GGAAUGAGUAAGUAAUUUAAUAUUGUAUGAAUGAGAGAUAUGUAAUCCCUGAGGGAACAGCCACUACAGCAAGUCAAAACACAAUGGAAUACAGCUUCAAUGGUUUUUGAUUCUACAACUGUGUUGAUUUUCUCUGGAUAACUUUAGGGUCACAGCCUUCGGUUCCUAGUCUUUACCUGAAAAAAAUCAAGCUGAAGAUUUGGACCUUUCCUAAACCAUAGAUUGAAACAUAUAAACCUCAUUUUUGACAGAAGCAUGACGGAGAUCGAGAAGUAAGGAAGUGUUCCCCUAAGUAAACACAGCAUAGUUUCUGACUUGUGAAACUUUGGAAUUAUUCAUGUGACUCUAGAGUGAAGGAACAUCCUCAAAUUUCAGCUGAAAUUUAUUGGUUUGCGUUGAACUGUGAUUCUGUGAUAUGAAGAAAAUCCUGGUUAUGCUGAGUUAAAAAUUAUAUACAGCACAAAAUGUGUCAAACUUGUGAUUUCAAAUGUCUACAACAUCCUGAAUUGAAGCACUUGCUUUAUUGUGGAAUGAUCUUUCUAUGUAAUUCCUGAAAACUCUGCCGUGAGAUCCCAAAAGACAUAAGAACAGUUCGAUCAGACUCCUGAUUGCUUAUUCAACGUCUUAACUGAGAAUCUGGACUGAAUUGAAGAUUUGAAUUUAGAAUAUUAUUUUCCUGGGCUUUUGAGAUUUACUGUUUGCUAAUUUAAAACCUUAAAUUUUGGAGGCUUGGUCUCAAUAUUUUUUGCAUUUUGAUUAUUUGUGAACAGCUUUUCCAAAUGUCUGAACUUUCUGAGAUCAGGUCUGGCCGUUUUCCAGCAAAUCGUUCCCAGAUUCAACAAAGUAUUUUGGAUGAUCAGAUCGAAUUGUGGUGGUUCCAAGAUGCUAAAAGAUCCAUCUUAUGUUAUUCUGUGGCAUUAGUCUUGAUCCUAGCAACUGGAGUGGGGGGAAUUGUCUUAAUCUCAACAGUUACUAGUAAAUCUGGAGAAUGGAGAUUGGGAGUAGGCAUUUUCCUGUGUUUAUUAACUUUACUUAUCCUUUUUAAACAUCUGCUGACCUCUGCUGUACAGGAUAUGAACUGUGUAAGGAGUCGAGCUCAGAUUGAUAGGUUAAGGAUUGGAGGGUUAAUUGAUUAUUUGGUUAUUUUAGUCACUGGAUUCACGACAUUAACCAGUGGUUAUGUACUAAUAAUCGUAGCAAAUGCUGAUCCCUAUCCUUCAGGUCAAAUCUGGAAUGAUAUGUUAAUUGCUGGAGUGAUUCUCACUGUGGCUGGGUCCAUUAUUCUCCUUUCACUCUUUCUCUAUGUUAUAAUAUUCAAGCUUUGUCCCCACUUAGCAUCUAGGUCCACAAACAGAAGGGCCCCAAGUAUUUAUAUCAUAUCUGGAGGUAACUCAGAGGGGAGGCAAGGGGGUUUCUCCUCUAGUACUGCCAAUCUGAUAUAACUAACUGACUCCAUCAGGAGGUUGAGAUUAGUGCACAAAGUGAAUUUAUUUGACUGAUUUUUGACAUUCUAAUCAUGGAAUAACUGCAAAGAAUGAUCUGAUUAAAUAUGUGAAAAUAAUUUAAAGCUAUAAUAUAUACCUUUUUUUAUCAAUUGUAAUAACUAGAACUGAGUUGAUAAUGAUAAGCUGUAACACUUAUUGUCUGUCUGCUGAAUACACAGACAUUAGUGACUCAAAUGUGAAUGAGAUAAAAGUUAUAAGGGUUUUUUUCUGUAAUUCAUAAUAAAUCAACUUCAUGGAAGCAUAAGCAGGUAUUUGUAGAUUCUUAUGAAAGCAUUACUGUAGCUUUCAUUUGUGUGAAUGCACAAAUUAAAAAUGAAUGUACACAGAAAGUAAAAUUGUUAUUUAAGUAUGAGCUUUAUUUGGUUUGUAUAAAAGCAAGUUAAUUUUCUGGACUUCAGUUUUAAAUCCCUUCAACUAACUACAGAAUGGGGAAAGUUAAGCUAGUGCUGCCUACAUCUAGAUUGGUCUAUCAGUUUGAUCCUAUAAAACAAAGAACAGUAUUUUUUACUUAGCCAAGUAUUUUACUUUGCAUAUUUGAAUACCUAAAAAAAAGUUGUAUGUGCAUGCACAAAGUAUGUAAGCAGAUCAUUUGCAAAUGGAUAAAUGCAGGCUAAGGUUCUUCACAUGGAUGGACAGAGCCACACAAAGAAGUGUAUAGAGUGAGCUAAUUCUUGUAUUUACAGUAAUCCAAACUAAGCAUAGAUUGACCUCCAACACUUGGUCACAGAAGUCUGUUGACACUAAUACAUGGUUUCUGAACUUACUAUGGAAUAUUUAGAGAUCCUUGGGGUGAAGCUAAAUCAAAGUGCUCCAAUAGGUCAUUUAUUUUUGGGCCUAGAAACAGUUAUUUCAAUAAUUAUUGAUAUACCAGUGUUUUGAAUAGGUUUCAUGUUUCAUUUGAGAAUAUAUUCCUUCAAUCAAACUUUGGACAUUGAAUGAUUCAGUAAACUUCCCUCAUUGGUAUGAGUACGAUUUAUUUUCCUGAUCUUUUGACAUGUUGAAAUUUUAAUGCAGAACAGUUUUAGACCUCAGCCUAAAUUGUAUACAAUAUAUUUUAAACUUGUGAUCCCAACAGAAUGUAAAUAUAAUCACAAAGACAUUAUAUGUUUAUUCUUUAUAAUGGAUACUGAUGUAUGUUACCUAUCUUGUGUUAUUGGUGGCUUUUGGGAAUUUUUAUUAUGUAUUUUAAUGAGCCUUUAAUACAGUAUAAGUAAUGUAUGAAUUAAUGGGCAAUCUUUAUAAAGUUUAUACUUCUGUGGAA